AUGCCCGCCCGUCUGCCCUUUUUUAGCCACCUGGAAGCCCUCCUGGCAAAAGGCUUCCCCAAAAAGAAGGGAAAGCUCGCCAGCGACGCCGUCGCCACUCCUCCUAAACCACUUCCUCCUACCACUCUUACCGAAGAGUGGCUACAAUCUCUUCUCCCCCGCCGCGCCUCACCCGCCGCUAUCAUCGCUCCUAAUUCUACUCCCACUGCUGCUGGCGCUGAUGCCCACGAUGUCUGCUUGAACUCGUCCUUCCGAUUUGAGCCACCUGAAGUCCAAAGAUUCCCGACCCUUUCAGAUGUUACACAACGACAUCAAGACGGUUUUCGAAGGCUUCCACGGCAAAGGGGAACCUGUGGUCGACGAGAUAUGGGCGCCCUAUCGCCAUUGGCGAUGCUGCUGUCGCCGGCCCCGCUGCUCCCUCGCCUUCCCACCACCCACUAUGCCUCAUCGGCAGAGGCGUCACGGCUUUUGGGGCCGAAAGAUUCUUCUUUCCUCUCCCUAUACGAGCUUUUAGACACCUACUGUCUUCCCUUCUGGUUUCUCAAUUAA